AUGAGAGCCUCAUGCCGUCCGCUAAGGCCAUGGCUUGCAGCCCCAAGCCCGCGCUUCCAAGCAACACACGGCAUACGACAAUGGCACGUCCAUCCGACGCCGACUAGCUCUCGCCGCCGUAACCUCCUCACUCUGGCUAUCGAAACCUCCUGCGACGACACCUGCGUCGCCAUUCUGUCGAAACACGACGACAGCUCCGCCACACUCCACUACAACCGCAAGCACACCUCGGACAACCGUGCCUACGGCGGCGUACACCCGGUAGUCGCAAUAGAAGGGCACACCAGCAGCCUCGCCGAGCUCAUCUGCGAGAGCCUAGCAUUCCUCCCCCCCGACGUAGGCAGCGGCAGCGGCAGCACGCUGGUGGUACGGGGGAAGCAACGGCGCAUCCCGGACUUCGUGUCCGUGACGCGGGGGCCGGGCAUGCUCGCCAACCUGUCCGCGGGGCUGAACACGGCCAAAGGCCUCGCGGCCGCGUGGCAGGUGCCGCUCGUCGGCGUGAACCACAUGCAGGCGCAUGCGCUGACGCCUCGGCUCGUCACCGCCCUCGAACAACGACGCGGGCGGCGGCGCGACGGUUACGGUUCCUCCCCGACCGAGAAUACUCCCGCGGAUGGUGGUUACGCCCCGGCGUUUCCUUUCCUCUCGCUGCUCGUCUCGGGAGGGCAUACCAUCCUCGUGCAUUCCCGUGGACUUAACGACCAUCGCAUCCUGGCUGAAGCGGCGGAUAUCGCGGUUGGGGACGCUAUCGAUAAGGCGGCGCGUCUGGUUUUGCCAGCGGACGUUGUUGCCGGCGCCAAGGACGUCAUGUUCGGGCGGAUGUUUGAGGCUUUCGCCUUUCCCGAAGGGGAAGGGGACGGGGCUGCUGAGCCGCCACCACCGGAUGCAGAAGGGGUAAUAACAACAGCGUCAUCACCAUUAUACAGAGACUACCAACCCCCUCAGAAACGCGUCGACGAAAUCACGCCCCGGCCCACGUCGUACGGCUGGCAAAUCAUCCCGCCGAUGAUCCAAUCGCGCCGCAUGGCGUACGCCUUUUCCGGGCUGGGGUCUCAGAUACGCAGGAUUGUCGAGGACGCGAGUCCCGGAAUGUCCCUGGACGGGAGGAGGGUCCUGGCGCGCGAAUCCAUGCGUGUCAUGUUCGAGCACCUGGCGAGCCGGGUCGUGCUGGCGCUGGAGGACCCGGAGCUGGGCGUUCGUGACAUCCGGACGCUGGUCGUCUCGGGCGGGGUGGCGAGCAACCGGUUUCUGAUGCACAUACUCCGGACGGUGCUCGACGUGCGUGGAUAUGAGUCGGUGGCCAUCACGGCGCCGCCGCGGGAGCUCUGCACGGAUAACGCGGCCAUGAUUGCGUGGACGGGAUUGGAGAUGUAUGAAGCCGGGUAUAAGAGCCAGCUGUCCGUCAGGGCGAUUCGGAAGUGGCCUCUGGAUCCUACUGGGGAAGAUGGAGGAAUAUUGGGUGUAGACGGCUGGACAAGGAGGGACGGGGAUAGAAGUCCCUUCUCCUAGGUAACG